GGCCACUGCACCGAAAGACUCGUCCUUGAUUUCACAGCUGCGUUCUCAGGUUUUGAAGAGUAGCUACGAACGACACGGAAGUAUUGACCAUCGUCGAAGUGCUGCGACUGCUGUCGGGCGACGAAGGAAAUGGAGACGGCUGAGAAGCUAGACUUUUCCGGUCUGCAAGACCCGGGCGAGAGAUUUCAAGUCAGCAACGUCAUCAGUGAAGGAGUCUUUGGGCUCGUAUAUGAAGCAAUCGACUCUGAUGGAGGGAAUCGAAAAGUAGCGAUUAAGACGGCACGGGACUUCGAGGAUCGACUUCAGGAGUUGGACGAAGAAUUCCGGAGCUUGAGGACUCUACACGGGCAUCCAAGCUUCCCUCAGUUCUACGGCGCUUUUCUCAAGGGAAGGGAAAUCUGGUUUGUCAUGGAGCUAUGUCCUGGGAGAGCUGCCAUCGAUUUGGUGACGGGAUUACUGGAGAAAGAGAAGCGCAUGAUGGAGGAUCACAUCGCCUUCAUCAUCAGAGAAACUGUCCAAGCAGCGGAUUAUAUGCACAAGCGUCACAUCCUUCAUCGGGACAUCAAAGGAGGAAACAUAGUCCUCACGGCCCAGGGUGACGUGAAACUGGUGGAUUUCGGGAGUUCGGCUUUCAUGGGACAAACCUUGUCGAAGAGGAAGACGAUGAUUGGAACUCCUCAUUGGAUGGCACCCGAAGUGAUUCAGUGCAUCCAGGAACCCGAUAUGGAAUACGACAUAAGGGCCGACGUCUGGUCCAUCGGCAAGCCCAUCCAACCUGAUUCCCCCCCCCCCCCCCCCAAACACCUCAAAUUCACAUUGAAAUAUGAAAAACUAUCAUUCCCAUCAGGUAUAACGGCCAUCGAACUGGGCGAUGGUAAGCCCCCGCUUUGGGACGUCCAUCCCGUGCGGGCUUUGCUUCAGAUCGUGAGGUACCCUCCGCCCACUCUUGCGCAUCCCAUCGAGUGGAGCGACGACUACAACGACUUCGUCGCCGAGUGCUUGACCAAAAACGCGGAAUGCCGACCCAUCAUGGAAGAACUCACGGAACAUCCAUUUCUCAAGCAGAUUCCAGACGACGAUUUCCACUUGAGAAAAGAGCUGAAGAUGCUAUGCGAAGAUCUCUACCCAGACAAAUUACCUCUCCUCCAUAGACCACUCGACAUGGCUGUGAAAAACGGGUACCUAAAGAAGGACAUGCGGAGCGACGCAGAGAGGCUCAUCCCGGACGAUCUGGUGGCCGUGGAGAGAAUGACUAAGGAAAUGGUCCUCGAGAUUCUGAAGCUUCGCUACCAGGCUCACCAAGACUACACGUUCGUGGGGGACAUGCUGCUGGCAAUGGAACGCGAGGAACCCGAAGAGGCUUACGACCCUCAGCUGGCCCAAAACUACGUGGGGAAGACGAGAAGCGACAACCAGCCACACAUUUUUGCGAUGGCAGAUAGGGCUUGGCAGGAUAUGCUGCAUCACAAGAAAUCUCAGAUCCUCAUCUUUCGCGGCGAAUCUGGAUCGGGGAAGACCAAGAAUGUGAAUCAGCUUGUUCACCAUCUCUGCCACCUGGGAGAAGGUUACCAACUCCUGGCGACCAAACUGGUGCAGGCCAACUUCAUCUUGGAAGCGUUUACGAGUGCGACAACAUCAAAGAACAUUGGAUCGGCCACUCGUUGCUUCCGAUUCCUGGAACUCAGCUUCACUAAAGCUGGUCGAGUUUCUGGCUUCAGGAAUAGGAUCUUUAUGCUGGAUCGCAGACGACUCGUCCGAGUACCCCGAGGGGAGAGCAAUUUCCUCAUCCUCUACUACUUCUACGAGGGCUUGAAAAGCCAGGGAGACCUGAAGACCUAUGGGUUAUCAGCGAAGGGGACAUACCGGAUUCUCCCUAAGUUCUCUGGUCACGACAGUGGCAAGAGUUCUGAGCAGUACCAAUCCCUCAUCUCUGCCUUCAAGAUCCUGGAGCUGAGUGAAGGAGAAGUGGAUUCAGUAUUUAAAAUUCUUGCUGCUAUCCUGGAGACCUCAGAACUACAAUUCACCGCUGACUCUCAGGGAAUCAAAAUUCGGAACGAAGACACGGCGAGAAACGCGGCCAAACUGCUAGAGCUGGAAGAGGAAGAGUUCAUGAAGGCCUUGACGAAACAAAGCCAACCCGAAGAGGCUCGCGACGAGAUCUGUCAGAUGCUCUUCCAGAGGCUCAUCGACUGGCUCGUCCACGUCCUCAAUACGUCCUUCACGGUGUCUAAAUUCAUUUACGGGGACGAAUAUUCCAUCGGGAUCUUGGACGUGAAUGGGUUCGAGAACAACGAGGAGAAUAGCUUGCAUCAACUAUUCGUCAACGUCGCCAAUGAGGUCCUACAGCAUCAUUAUCAUCAGCAGAUCUUCGUAUACGAAAUGCAUGACCUGGAGUUGGAAGGAAUCAAAACUCAAGCCCUGACUUUUAACGACAAUCGAUCCGUGAUCGAUCUCCUCAUGAACAAGGUGGACGGGAUCUUGCAAAUCAUCGACGACCACUCGAACGAGGCCAUCAGCAUCGACAGCUUCCUGGGUGACGUAAGCAGCUUGGAAAAGGAGAGUAUUCGAGUGAACACUGCGGAUAUGACACUGACGAUCGAGCAUCGGUUCGGUCCCGUCAACUACAACCUACGACAUUUACUCCAGGAUAAUCGUUGCACCUUGAGCAAUGACCUCGCCAAGGUCUUAAAACUAUCUGGGAAUGCGUUAUUGAGUUCCAUGGCCAGUGCGAGUUUUUACCGGACGGGAAGCAUGCAUAUCGAGGAGGCUGCCAUCACGAAGCAUAAGGGCAAAGGCCCUCGGGUGGAAGUGAGAGCGUCUGGGAACAGGAGCAAGCAUUUUCCGACGAGGAGCAAGCAUCGAUAUCUGCAGAAUCAAUUGACCACGUGGGUAUCGGCAUUCCGUCACUCCCUGCUGAGCAUUUUGGAGAAGUUGAUCAACUCUCAUCCUCAUCAUGCCCUGUGCUUGAAGAUCGAAAACGGAAGAGCAAAAUCUGUAGAAAAUCACCUGAGUCACCAGCUGGACGAUUUCUCCGUCGUCGAAACCAUAUCCAUCAGAAAACAAGGCUUCCCCUGUCGCAUCCACUUCGAAGAAUUCCUGCGAAGGUACCAGUUCCUGGCAUUUGAUUUCGACGAAUCCGUGGCUUGCACGAUGGACAACUGCCGGCUUCUCCUCCUCCGACUCCAGUUGGAAGGGUAUUCCCUUUCACGCAUGGGAAUCUGUGACAGGCUCUACGAACGGGAAGUGAGGAAAAUCGUGAAAAUCCAGGCGAUGGUGAGGAGAUUCCUCGCUCGACGACAGCAAAAACAACAGCAGAAAAAGAAAAGAGUCAAGAGAUUUGGAGUUAGGGACCUGGGCGACGACGAGGCGGCCGUUCGAGUCCAGAGGCUCUACCGCGGUUAUUUGGCAAGGAAGCGCAAUCCAAAGGGAGCCCAGCUUGAAGUGGGCGAGAAUGAGGACAAGAUGACUUCCACGAUUCACCAUUACUGGAGGAAGUGGCGAGCCAGGACGAUUUUCCAGCAACUCCAGAGAUACCGAGCGGCCAAAAUGGAACAGCUCAUAUACUUCUCCCAACAAGUCCACCUCUACGGGCAAGAGGUGAACAACGAGCUGAGACGUUGGAACGCAGGGGUGGAUCUAUCUCAAGUGGAAGAAGACGAUCCGGAGACCCCAAAGCACGUAUUGAAGGAGCCGAAGCUGACACCCUUGUCGAAUAUCCCCCUUCGCCUCACGGACCUGGGCUUCUACGACGCCUUUCACAUGUGUGAUCCCAAUUAUCAAUCGACACCGGCUGCAAAACAAGUCACCAACGAACAAGAAGUUGAUGACAAGGAAGAGUGGGACAACCCACUGAAAUGCUUUCGCCUCCUUCCGCGAGACCCAGCAACUCUUCACGUCAUCAAGGAUAUAGGAAGGCGCCCAGACCCGAGAAUGCGCAGGAAGAGAGAAGAGGGGAUCAAGAAAGAAGACUUUCUCCCGCCUCCUCCCCAGCCUGAAGAAUUCAGUCCCAGUACCUGCACCAGUACGAUUCCUCCUCCCCCUGCAACGCCACCGUCACAGGAUAUUCAUGCCGUCAAGGCUCCCGUCACGCGGAGGGAGAGGAGCCCUGGUGAGACCGGUAACCGAGGUCAAAAUUUCGGUCUCCAGGGACGUUGCCUCAUUGAUAUGCGGAAGAAAUUGCGCAAGGUCCAUACGACUGAUCAACCCAAGCCCGCUUCUCAGGGUCAUCAGAGCCCCUCUUCUCCUUCCUUCGACUUCCAGGCACUGUUGAGAAAGACUGAGUAUAGGAUGUGCCUCGUCGGGGUCGUGAAAAAAAGUGCGAGCCUUGAAGAUCACGUCCAAGUGGAUUCCCCUUCGGAGGACAGUUCACGUGAACCCCUUGACGAACAUACUACAUUCGAAGCAGGAUCAGACGAUGAUACAGAAUCGGAAACGGAAUCCAAAGAAAAUGAAGAUGACAGAGGAGUUCCGUUGGGAAUCCCGAAUUUAGUGGUGGAAAGACCAAACAAUGGAGACGAUUCCUUCUCUCCAUUGGAAUAUAUACAGUUCCACGGAGACGAAGUGGAGCUGUGA